AUGUCAAACCUCAGUGCUGAACAGUUCGGUUACAACAACCAACACGACACCACUCCACCGGAUAUAUAUAAUGCGAUGGAGCCGCUUGUCAGUACUGCUACUCCUCCACCGGGCCAUUUUGGUGAUGAGUACCAGCUUUUGCAACAAAACACGUACUAUGGUCACCAUCAAGACGGCUCACAACAGCAGACUGUCGGCAUGGACUUCGUUCCACCAGAGUAUUUGGAUCCUUCUGACAAUGUUCAAAGCUAUCCACCUGAUAUUGGCGGCGAGGCCAGCGCCCCAAGCCAUCCAAGUAUUUCCCCACAGCCCUUCUACCAAAAUCAGCAGGCCACAAAGCAAAUUCAGCAGCAGCCAACGGAAUUAUUGGGCUUUCCUCCAAACAAUAUAGGGCACUCGCAGUUUCUGUUGGAAGCGGCUAAGUUGAUGACGGCUAUGCAAAGUACGCGGGAUGAGGGCUUGCGUAAGGCCUUUCUAGAUGGCCAGCGAUCAAAUCAAGCUCUCGUCGAUUCCUCAAUGGGAAUGUUGAAUGCUAUAACAAAUUGGUCUCGCUUGCAGAUACUGAAGGAGGACUCCGCGAAGUUUCAAUUUCCAGAACACCUUCUUCGCUAUGGAGAAGCACAAUAUGCUACCGCAUCAGAGGAGGACGUGCCAGGUCAAUGA